UUGCAGUUAGAUAUUACGACAGUCAAUAUACUUAGCUCAUCACGUAAGUUACAUGAAUAGAUGCAGGUCCGUGCGCACGUCAAACUGUCACACAGAAUGGGUCGAACUUUCUAGUAUACAGCCGUGUAAUAUCUGCGAUCAUCUUUAAGAAGGUUCACAAUCAUGACUACAGGAGAGUGGGCGGCUCUUUGGACUGUGGCCACCCUGGCAGUCGUUAGUACACACGUCAACGGUCAACUUCCAUGCCAUACUAAUGGCUGUCUCCAUGGUAACGGUGGUCUCCGGUGCCAGUCAUGUUGGCCUGGGUGUUACGGCUCCAAUUGCAGUUCCUCAUGCCAUGGAAGCUGCCACACAGACGGCUGUGACAGAGACACUGGUCAGUGUUUUAGAUGUCGACCUGGGAUCUACGGAGAAGACUGCGCCAAAACAUGUCCACAGCAAUGCGCCAACAGUAUGAUAGGCGGGACUGUCUACUGUAACCGACACACAGGCGCGUGUUCUGAAGCAUGUACACCAGGAUGGACUGGUACAUACUGCAGUGAACGAUGUCCGCCCAACUGCAAGGGUCAAACCUGUAACAAGCAAACAAAACAGUGUAUCCUUGGUUGUGAGACAGGCUGGACAGGAGGCUACUGUAAUUCAACAUGUGACAACUGUCUGAUGGAGAGAUGCAACGACAACGGCUAUUGUCUGCUGGGGUGUAAAGCGGGCGUCUUUGGACAGGGUUGUGAGAAGGAAUGUCCACACUGCUGGACUACUGGCUGUGACAGAGAGACUGGGGUAUGUGAACAGUGUCAGCCUGGUUACCAUGGACACCGUUGUAACGAAAGGUGUGCUGAGACAUGUUAUAAAGGUCGGGAGGGUCAUAGAAACUGUGACCGCUACACCAAGGCGUGCCUGGAGGGCUGUGGAACUGGAUGGCACGGUUCUCAUUGCCGUAUACCGUGCAGUGCCUCCUGCAUGUCCUCACGGUGUUACAGCCACGAUGGCUCCUGUGUAGAUGGCUGUGUAGCAGGUUACCAUGGGAAACAGUGUCACAGGAGAUGCAUUCAUGAAAACUGUAAAAACAACACGUGUGACCACAAUGGUCAUUGCACGGAAUGUGAAGAUGGCUGGUUUGGAGAAGACUGUGAGCAGCUUUGCCCAGCACUGUGUGAGUCUUGUCUUCGAGACACUGGACAAUGUUCACGAUGUUCCGAUGGUUACCAUGGCCCUGGCUGUGCUGAACGUUGUAGUGAAACCUGUUUAAAAAAUGCAUGUGCCAGGGACGGCAACUGUAUUGGGUGUAAAGAUAGGAAAUACGGGACUCAAUGCCAAUACCCAUGCAGCGAGAACUGUGAGACAUGCGACCAGACAACGGGGUGUACAAGGUGUAGAGAAGGACAUUCCCUUGAAGACAGCAAAUGUACCUCCACGGUCCCCUCAACAUCUGGGGCAGAUUCUGUGAAGCAAACGCUACAUAAAAUGAAACAUGUGUUUCCUUUUUCUUUAGAAUUUCUUAUCUGUGUUUGCGCUAUGACAUGGCGUAUCUAGAAGAUAAGUUGCUAUCUUAGUUCCUAGUAUUCAGUGUGGGUCACAUUUGAGUACGUUUUGGGCCCAGUAUGUCUUCAUGAAUCCAUAGAACGCUGUAAACUCUGGCAUUUUCCUUUUUGACUUCGCACAACAUGUACGACUUAAAGCAGAUUAUUAUAUAUGAUUUCAGAAAAGAUUUUCAAACGAUACAGUUUAUGUAAUGUGCAUUCUAUAUUGACUUCUUCUAUAUGUCAUUAAGCAUUUGGUAUAUUGCAAAAAUGUUCUGCAUUAGAUUUUGUUACAAAAUAUGCCUUAGUUUGUAUUUUGUAUUCGUUGCGUGAUGUAAGUUAAUGAUGAUAUUAUACAUGUAUAUAGUGUUAAUGUUACAUAAUUGUUUUUGUUAAUUCUGUUAUAUGUUACAU